GCUCGGGCCCUUCCUCACUUUUGGGGGGCGGGGGUGCGCACGCGCAGUGGGGGAGCUCAGGGGUGGGGGUAGCGGUCGAGUAUCAAGUUGCUUUCUGUCCCGGCAGAGGAAGCCAGAGCGCUGAGGGUCCAGUCUCCAGCUUGCCUCCUGCUAUAUCCAUUGGAAGAGAAAAGUUUGUGACUUGGGCCCCCAAGUUUUGAGAGAACUGGGCUUUCCGCGCGGGGGGUGAGAGGAGGCCGUGGGGAGCUUUCCCCAUGGAGCCUACCCAGCCUGCAGAGGACCUCAUUCUGACUCAGCAGCCCCUUGCCUCAGAACUUGGGGACCCUGAAGACCCCGGAGAGGAGGCUGCAGAUGGCUCAGACACUGUGGUCCUCAGUCUCUUUCCCUGCACCCCCGAGCCUGUGAAUCCUGAACCGGAUGCCAGUGUUUCCUCUCCACAGGGCAGCUCCCUGAAGCACUCCACCACUCUCACCAACCGGCAGCGAGGGAACGAGGUGUCGGCUCUGCCGGCCACCCUAGACUCCCUGUCCAUCCACCAGCUCGCAGCACAGGGGGAGCUGGACCAGCUGAAGGAGCAUUUGCGGAAAGGUGACAACCUCAUCAACAAGCCAGACGAGCGCGGCUUCACCCCCCUCAUCUGGGCCUCGGCCUUUGGAGAGAUCGAGACCGUUCGCUUCCUGCUGGAGUGGGGUGCCGACCCCCACAUCCUGGCCAAAGAGCGAGAGAGCGCCCUGUCGCUGGCCAGCACAGGCGGCUACACAGACAUUGUGGGGCUGCUGCUGGAGCGUGACGUGGAUAUCAACAUCUAUGAUUGGAAUGGAGGGACGCCACUGCUGUACGCUGUGCGUGGGAACCACGUGAAAUGCGUUGAGGCCUUGCUGGCCCGAGGCGCUGACCUCACCACUGAAGCUGACUCUGGCUACACCCCGAUGGACCUUGCCGUGGCCCUGGGAUACCGGAAAGACGGAGUUUCGCUCUUGUCACCCAGGCUGGAGUGCUAUGGCGUGAUCUCGGCUCACUGCAACCUCCGCCUCCCAGGUUCAAGCAAUUGUCCUGCCUCAGCCUCCCAAGUAGCUGGGAUUACUACAGGCAUGCACCACCAUGCCCAGCUAAUUUUUUGUAUUUUUAGUAGAGACAGGGUUUCUCCAUGUUGGUCAGGCUGGUCUCAAACUCCCAACCUCAGGUGAUCCACCCGCCUCAGCUUCCCAAAGUGCUGGGAUUAUAGGUGUGAGCCACCACACCCGGCUGCACCUGGCUAAUUUUUGUAGUUUUAGUAGAGAUGGAGUUUCAUCAUGUUGGCCAGGCUGGCCUUUCCUGACUUCAAGUGAUCCACCCACCUUGGCCUCCCAAAAUGCUAGGAUUACAGGUGUGAGCCACCAAGCCCAGCCUAAUUUUUAAAUUUUUUUGGUAGAGACAGCGUUUUGCUCUGUUGCCCAAGCUGGCCUCAAAUUCCUGAGCUCAAGCAGUCCUCCCCCCUGGACCUCCCAAAGUGCUGGAAUUAUAGGUGUGAGCCACCAUGCCCAGGCUUAUCUUUUCAUAAAAGUCACAAUUCACACAUUUUGCUUGGUAGGAAAUAUUUUUAUAUUAAUAAUUCUGAAAAGCUACAAAAGUGCAUUUUUACAAACUUAGGGGAAGUUGAGGUUCCUGGGAUGAGGCCUCAGUUCUCCCAGCUUUGUUCUGUAAUGCAGGUCUCUGUAAGGGUCCCUGUUUAUCCCCUAAGGGGAGAGCGCAGGUUGGCCUGCGCCUCCACGCCCCACCCAAUUCAAGCUCACAGCCCGCCUUUUCCCUGCCCCAUCUCAGUGCAACAGGUGAUCGAGAACCACAUCCUCAAGCUCUUCCAGAGCAACCUGGUGCCCGCUGACCCUGAGUGAAGGCCGCCUGCCGGGAACUCAGACACUCAGGGAACAAAAUGGUCGGCCAGAGCUGGGGAAACCCAGAACUGGCUUCAAAGGCAGCUCCUGGACAGGUGGUGGGAGGGGACCCUUCCCAAGAGGAACCAAUAAACCUUCUGUGCAGAA